AUGAACAUGCUUGGCGGAGGAAGGGAGGCUCCAGAUCCAAAGGCCAAUAAGGGCCGGGCCUGGAGAGUGGAGGCGGACUACUCUGCUCCCUCCCACUUAACCACCCUAGUCACGCCCAACUUCAGCUCAAGCACAAGCAUCCUUCGGGACUGUCUCAAUGCCACCAUCGCACCAGAGACCCUGGGCUGGCCAGUCGCCCCAGAGAAAAGAGGAGGGGCGUUAGACACAUCCAGACGGUCUAGCAGCAGCGUUUGCUCAUCCAGCCCUGAACCCACAGAUCCCAGGCUCUUGCUGCUCUCUGGCGGCAGGAGCCAGGAGCCAGAGCCCCGGGGAUCGCACCUUGACAACCAGAGCUCCACGGGAGAACCGGGGGCUGCGGCCGGAGGCGAAGUGAAUGGCUCGGCGGCCGUCGGGGGGCUGGUGGUGAGUGCACAGGGCGUGGGAGUGGGAGUCUUCCUAGCGGCCUUCAUCCUCACCGCGGUAGCGGGCAACUUGCUCGUCAUCCUCUCGGUGGCCUGCAACCGCCACCUGCAAACGGUCACCAAUUAUUUCAUCGUGAACCUAGCGGUGGCUGACCUGCUGUUGAGUGCGGCUGUGCUGCCCUUCUCGGCCACUAUGGAGGUUCUAGGCUUUUGGGCCUUUGGCCGGACCUUCUGCGACGUAUGGGCCGCUGUGGACGUCCUGUGCUGCACUGCCUCCAUCCUUAGCCUCUGCACCAUCUCUGUGGACCGGUACGUGGGUGUGCGCCACUCACUGAAGUACCCAGCCAUUAUGACAGAGCGCAAGGCAGCUGCCAUCCUGGCUCUGCUCUGGGCGGUGGCCCUGGUGGUGUCCGUGGGACCGCUACUGGGCUGGAAGGAGCCAGUGCCCCCGGAUGAGCGUUUCUGUGGCAUCACUGAGGAAGUGGGCUAUGCUGUCUUCUCUUCUGUGUGCUCCUUCUACCUGCCCAUGACGGUGAUCGUGGUCAUGUACUGCCGCGUGUAUGUGGUCGCUCGCAGCACCACGCGCAGCCUCGAGGCAGGCAUCAAGCGGGAGCCUGGUAAGGCCUCCGAAGUGGUGCUGAGGAUCCACUGUCGCGGUGCAGCCACUAGCGCCAAAGGAACCCAUGGGGCACAGAGUAGCAAGGGCCACACCUUGCGCAGCUCACUCUCAGUAAGGUUGCUCAAGUUUUCCCGCGAGAAGAAGGCUGCCAAGACGCUGGCCAUCGUCGUGGGUGUCUUCGUCCUUUGCUGGUUCCCCUUCUUCUUCGUCCUGCCACUGGGCUCUCUGUUUCCGCAGCUGAAGCCAUCAGAGGGCGUCUUCAAGGUCAUCUUCUGGCUGGGCUACUUCAACAGCUGUGUGAACCCGCUCAUCUACCCCUGCUCCAGCCGCGAGUUCAAGCGCGCCUUCCUGCGCCUCCUCCGCUGCCAAUGCCGCCGACGCCGCCGACGCCUGUGGCGCGUCUAUGGCCACCACUGGCGAGCCUCGACCGGCGAUCAGCGCCCCGACUGUGCCCCCAGCCCGCUCGUCGCGCCCCCGGGAGCCCCCCUUGCCCUCACUGCACACCCGGGCCCAGGCUCUGCAGGCACGUCCGAGGCACAGGCAACGGUCUCCGGCCGUCGAAAGCCCGCCUCCGCCCUCCGGGAGUGGAAGCUGCUCGGGCCGCUGCAGAGACCCACAACCCAGCUGCGAGCGAAGGUGUCCAGCCUGUCCCACAAGAUCCGCUCUGGGGGCGCACGGCGCGCGGAGGCUGCCUGCGCCCUGCGCUCGGAGGUGGAGGCGGUGUCUCUAAGCGUUCCCCAAGAAGUGGCAGAGGCUGUCAUCUGCCCUGCCUAUGAGCCAGCCGACUACAGCAAUCUCCGGGAGACUGACAUUUAGAGACCGAGCCCCAGGUUGGGGGAUGUGCUGGGGCCAGGGAUGGGGUGCAUUUUGGGAUGCUGCCUUUGGAUCCAGGACUCUAACCAAGCGCCUGCCCCGUCUCACUCUAGAGCAGCAGCAACUGGACCUGGGGUCGGAGCGCUUCGUAGGUGGUGGGGUUAUGGCGCCCCCUGCUGGACAUAGGUGUCCAGAGCUCUUCGUGGACGGGAAAAGACUACAGAAUUCACCGUUCUCAUCCAGUCUGAGAAACUGCUUAGUCAGCUGGUCCUGAGGUCUGGGCCGAAGAUUUUAGGUAUGGCCACUCGCCUUGGGGAGGAAGAGGUACAGAUUCUUGUUUUGCUGCUCCUAGGGUAAAGAUCAGUGGGCAGUUUCUACUCCUCUUGCCACCUGAAGAAAUCGGUAGACCUACCUACCAUAGGACCUGCGAUACUGCAAGCGUCGGUGGCGUAUUGAAUGCCCGCCAUACAAAUCUGUUGUUUUUCACCCUAGGCCCACUGCCUCCUCCCCACAUUCCUAACGUGUAUGCACCCUUCACCCGGCCCCGCCCUCACUAUUCCUCCCAGGGGCCUUACUGUUUACACUCUGUACAUAAUUCAUUGUGCCUGUCUGUGCCCAUCACUUCUCACUGGGAUUCCAGGCUGCCGACAGGGGAGAGCCAGCCUUAUUUAUCAUUUUGAAACCUAUUUAUUGGUAAGAGUACUUCUAUUUUGUUCAGACUUGCUAACUGUCCAUCUUUGGCCUGUAAUUCAUAUAGAGCCCCACCCCCCUUUUCUGAAUUCCUUAGACGACAGGAUAGGCUAUGUUCACCUUGCUAGUUUUGUCAUAACUGAUAGUUGCUGCCCUUUGGGGCUUUUUUGUUUUGUUUUGGUUUGGUUUGGUUUGGGGUUUUUUUGGUCGGGGAGGGGGGACAGGUCAGAAACAUAUUUGGGAGUUGGUUCUCUCCUUCAUGGAUGUCACUGUCCUUUGGAUCUGUUAGCAAGGCUAAAGGACUUUGGAGCUUUGUUGGCUUUUAAAAGUCACAAAAGCACAAACUUUUUUUUUGUCAGCCUCCCUAGAUGCAUCUGUGAUGCUCUGAGGGCCUCAGGGAACAUGUUGACUACCAAUGCAACUGGGAAAACAUUACAUGAAAGGAUAUAUUCACCCAAGCCGACGAGUUUGUUGAGAAAGCCCACCCCUGGGAGUCAUAUUCCUUAGCCCUGAGUAAAGGCAUACAUCCCAUGAUCGUGAGCAA